AUGGAUAGCAAUCAACCAUCCUCACUGAUACACCCCGAACAAGCCAUGCGCUGGACCACACGAUGACUCUUCAGUACAUCCCACAAAGACAUCGGAGUACUGUACUUCAUCUAUGGUAUCAUCAGCGCUAUGGUCGCCACAGGUAUGUCGGUGAUCAUCAGGAUGGAGCUAAGUGGACCCGGUAGCCAAUACCUCCACAACAACAACCAAGUGUUCAACGUCAUGGUCACAGCCCACGCCAUAGGGAUGAUCUUCUUGUUCAUCAUGCCUAUCCUCAUCGGUGCACUAGGGAACUUCUUCCUGCCGGUGCUCAUCGGUGCGGUAGACAUGGCGUUCGCAAGACUGAACAACGUCAGCUUCUGAAUGCUACCACCAGCACUGGUGUGUGUCAUAGGAUCACUCCUGAUCGAGAGCGGUGCAGGAACAGGAUGAACGGUGUAUCCACCUCUGUCUAGCAUAGCAGCCCACUCAGGGCCCAGCGUAGACUUAGCGAUCUUCGCCAUCCACCUAACCACCAUCUCCAGCCUACUAGGAGCCAUCAACUUCAUCGUGACCACACUGAACAUGAGAACGAUAGGAAUGGAGCUAACGGACAGCCCGCUGUACGUGUGAGCGAUCUUCUUCACCGCCAUCCUGCUGCUGCUGUCACUGCCAGUCCUAACGGCAGCGGUGACACUGCUUCUGAUGGACCGUAACUUCAACACUGGCUUCUACGAGGUAGGAGCAGGGGGAGACCCAGUGCUGUACGAGCACCUGUUCUGGUUCUUCGGACACCCAGAGGUCUACAUCAUCAUCAUCCCAGGCUUCGGAAUCAUCUCCCACGUACUGUCAACCUACAGCAAGAAGGCGAUCUUCGGAUCCAUCGGGAUGAUCUACGCCAUGGGGUCGAUCGGUCUACUAGGGUUCCUGGUAUGAUCACACCACAUGUUCACGGUAGGGCUGGACAUCGACAGCCGAGCCUACUUCACUAGCGCAACCAUGGUGAUCGCCAUCCCAACAGGGGUCAAGAUCUUCAGCUGACUAGCCACCAUCUACGGAGGUAGCCUACGACUAACCGUCCCCAUGCUGUUCGCACUAGGAUUCCUGUUCCUCUUCACGAUAGGAGGUCUAACAGGAGUGAUGAUCUCGAACGCCUCGAUAGACGUAGCAUUCCAUGACACAUAUUACAUCGUAGGACACUUUCAUUACGUCCUAUCAAUGGGAGCCCUGUUCAGCUUAGUGGCAGGCUUCUACUACUGAAGCCCCGCCAUGUUCGGCUUACACUACAACCGUCUACUAGGUGAGGUGUUCUUCUGACUCCUGUUCAUCUCAGUAAACCUGAUCUUCCUGCCCAUGCACUUCCUAGGCCUGAACGGUAUGCCUAGACGGAUACCACAGUACCCUGACGCCUUCUACGGAUGAAACCUCAUCAGUAGCUGAGGCUCAGUGCUGUCAAUCGUAGCCCUAGGAGUAGGACUCUACAGCGUAGAGCUACAGCUAGAGGAGGGAGAGAACGAGGCCUCAGAGGUACAACUAGAGCCCGACUACGUCGAGUCUAACCUACUAAGACAGGCUCAUGUGAGUGAGCUAGAGCUAGUACUAGAGAGACCGAUGGGCUACCACACCUUCAACGAGCUACCGAUCCUGCUCGAACAGAGAUAG